UUGGGAUUUUCCCCAGAAGCCGAAGGUUUUUUUUUUACUUUUUAUCCGAGCAUGGACAAGACUCAUCUUUCAAGCCCUACUGAUAUCAUAAUGACAAGCUCAACAGGCCCCUACCAACAGGAACCCCUGACUCCACCCAGGCCCACCCAUCACCACUCUUCAUCCUCUUCCUUAUCGUCACCCUCUCCUUCUUCUUCCUCCUCACCACUCAAACCCAACCAGGUUGGCCAGGUCUUCCUUUAUGGCGUUCCCAUUGUAUCACUGGUCAUAGAUAAUACAGAGAGACUUUGCUUGGCGCAGAUUUCCAACACACUCCUCAAGAAUUACAGUUAUAAUGAGAUUCACAAUCGUCGGGUGGCACUGGGCAUCACCUGUGUUCAGUGCACGCCGGUUCAGCUGGAGAUACUCCGAAGGGCCGGCGCCAUGCCCAUCUCGUCACGACGCUGUGGCAUGAUCACCAAGCGUGAAGCUGAGCGUCUGUGCAAGUCCUUUCUCGGAGAGAACUCGCCACCGAAACUCCCCGACAACUUUGCUUUCGAUGUAACGCAUGAGUGCGCCUGGGGUUGCCGUGGUAACUUCAUUCCUGCACGCUACAAUAGUUCAAGGGCCAAAUGCAUCAAGUGUUCCUUCUGCAACAUGUACUUCUCCCCAAAUAAGUUUAUUUUCCAUUCCCACCGCUCAACACCAGAAACCAAAUAUACCCAGCCUGAUGCUGCCAACUUUAAUUCCUGGCGACGACACCUCAAACUAACCGACAAACAUCCACCAGAGGAGUUAAUUUAUGCGUGGGAAGAUGUCAAAGCUAUGUUCAAUGGAGGCAGCCGAAAGAGAGCCUUGCCCUCGUCUUCCCAUUGUUCUGCUAUGGGUCCCAUGAAGAGUCUGUCAGGUUCAGUGGUGCCUCACGUAAUGGGACCUGAGCUGGGUGCUCAGAAAAGAACCCGCUUUGAAGAUGAGGAUGAUCUGGAUGGAGGGAGUCUUUCUCCUCGUAAGACACCACGUAGUUACCCUGUCAUUCCUGUCCCAAGCAAAGGUUUCGGCAUGCUGCAGAAGUUCCCUCCUACAUCACUCUUCCCCUCCCCUUAUCCCUUUCCAGCAUUUGGCCUCUGCCAGCAGAAAAAAGAGGACAGUGAUGUGCCAGCUGGACAGAAAGGGGCAGGGUUGUCUGGUCUUUUAUGGCCCGGUCGAAAAGACUCUUUUUAUCCUCCUUUCUGCAUGUUUUGGCCACCAAGAGCAGCAGGAGGAAUCCCUGUCCCCACUUACAUCCAUCCUCAGCCCAGCACCCUCUCCUCCCUGACAGACAACCCCUCACUGAGGCAGGCCUUCCUGGAUCUCUCAGACCCCAGUGAAUCUGGAGCUGUGAGUGGAAAUGGAAGUGGGAUCAAUGCAACUAUGACUCCCAGUGGCGGGUCCACCACACCCAAAUCUGGGCUGUUUGACACAGAGUGUACAACAGUUACCACCGACCCUCGCCCUGUCACCUCAGAGGGCUGGCUCAAACUACUGGAGAACCCAACUCUCCAGUCAAGGAAGUCAAGCUAUGGCUCUGCGUUCCGACCUGUCAUCAAAGAUGCAGAAAGCAUUGCCAAGCUCCACAGCAAUGGCGGAGGGGUCACUGGAGCAACGGAUGAAGACUUUGUAGUCACCAGAUCAGACCAACACCCGCGGCUAUCACCAACUAGCAGUUGCAGCUAUGGAAGUGAAAGUGGAGGUGAUGGGGAACCGGAGGGAGCAGAAAGCGAGGAGGAGGGGGAAGUGGAUGUGGAGUCAUCAAAGCAAGAUGAUGAAGAGGAGGGAAGCUUUACAAACAGACCACCACAGACUCAAACCAACCUGUACCUCUCUGCGCUGAGUGACAAUGCUGGAGAGGAUAGGGGGAAAGACAGAGGGAGUGGCGCAAUGUAUCCCGGUACGUCCCCUCGAUCCUCCUCAGAUCCGAUCCAGCAGGAGUCUCCCAGCCUGCCCACCUCCCCUCCUGCCAGCUUACCUCUCUCAAGCUCCACCCCACCUCACCGGGAGGACACAGCUUACAAAAACGUUCACAAAAACAGAGACGAAGGACUUCCUGCAUAUGCAACCAAAGACAAUUCCAGCAUUUCCGAUGAAACAAAAGAACAGAAUAGUUUCUUUGUACCAGAGACUGAGACGUCGGCCUCGGACUACUGGAGGGAGAACUCAGGCGAUCAAAGCCAGGGUGCUGCUUCUCCUGUGCAGCUGAAAAAGGAUGUUGAGAGCAUGGAGAAAGAAGAGCUCCAGAAGGUUCUGCUGGAACAGAUCGACUUCAGGAGGAGACUGGAGCAAGAGUUUCACGCUUUGAAGGGCACCUCACCAUUUCCUGUCUUCCACAAUUUUCAAGAUCAGAUGAAACGAGAGCUCGCCUACAGAGAGGAGAUGGUCCAACAGUUACAGAUGAUUCCCUACGCAAACAUCAUCAGAAAAGAAAAGAUCAGCUCCCAUCUCAACAAGUAGCAAAGAGGAUUAGCACACAGAAAACUGACAGAGACCAUCACCGACAGAGAGGAUGUGAAACUAUAUCAUACAUUAUCUUACUUUUCGCGGGACAGCAAUUAUUCUGCUGCUUCUUCGAUAUCACCUCUGUUAGUUGCUCUCUACACACUGCCUGCUAAGAACUCAUGUGAGGCUGUGGGACAUCAUACUGGUAAAAGAUUUCUAAAGUUUUUCCUCUUUUUCCCUGGUUCAAGUUCCCUAACUGAACUUAAUUGACUGAAACCUGUGACACUGCGAGUGUGUUGGCAGUCACGUUCAAAGCAUUAGCCAACCGGGACCAAAGCAACCUCGCCCUUUGAGGACCACCAGGAAGGCAGUUGUAGAUGUCAGAAAACUAAUUUCCAGGCAUAAAAAAAAAGUAAAUAAAGAUUGGAUGUUUUUAUCUGCCCGUGGGCUCAACUGUACAUUGGCCAAACUCUGGAUGAAAAAGGAUUAAGAUAGGUUGUAUCUGUAUCACCAAGUGAUGGCCCUGAAGAGAAACAAGCACGACAACAUUUAUUUAUUAUCAACAUUUGAUCCCAAAGGGACUUCAUCAUCUUCAACUCUAAUCAUUCCCUGUAAACACGAGCCACCACCACCAGUUUGUCAGUGGCUGGAC